AUGCCCGAAGACGCUCCCUACGACCCUUACAUCCCCAACCAGGGCGCCGGCGCUGGUGGAAGGGGAGCAGCGCAGCAGGGAGCAGGCGGAAAUGCCAGGACACAGGCGCUGCAGAGCCAAAUCGACGACACUGUCGGUGUGAUGCGCGAUAAUAUCAACUCGGUCGCUCAGCGUGGUGAGCGUCUCGAUGUGCUCCAGGACAAGACAGACAACCUGGCACAGUCGGCCCAAGGCUUCCGCCGCGGUGCCAACAGGGUCCGCAAGCAGAUGUGGUGGAAGGACAUGAAGAUGCGGGUCUGCAUCAUCGUCGGCAUUAUCAUCCUGCUCCUCAUCAUCAUCCUACCAAUUGUUUUCCACUUCAAGGGUAACCAGUAA